CCGCCGAGGAGCCUUUCGAUGUGCCAGGCACGGCCGGGCAGCGAGGCUGAGCUCUGUGGGAGCGCAGACACAAGGGAAAGAUGCCUGUGGUGUGGCCAACUCUUCUGGAUCUCAGCAGAGAUGAAUGCAAGAGGAUCCUUCGCAAACUGGAACUGGAGGCAUAUGCAGGUGUCAUCAGUGCCUUACGUGCACAGGGAGACCUUACGAAAGAGAAGAAGGAUCUUCUUGGAGAACUCUCUAAAGUGCUUAGUAUUUCAACGGAGCGACAUCGUGCUGAAGUUCGGAGAGCAGUAAAUGAUGAACGACUAACGACUAUUGCACACAAUAUGUCUGGACCAAAUAGCUCUUCCGAAUGGUCUAUAGAAGGUCGUCGACUGGUGCCGCUGAUGCCACGGCUUGUUCCACAAACAGCUUUUACUGUUACCGCUAAUGCUGUUGCCAAUGCAGCUGUUCAGCACAACGCAUCUCUUCCAGUUCCUGCAGAAACCGGAAACAAAGAAGUGGUGGUUUGCUAUUCCUACACAAGUACCACUUCAACCCCAACAUCUACCCCUGUUCCAAGUGGCAGUGUAGCAACAGUGAAGUCCCCCAGACCCGCCAGUCCAGCCUCCAAUGUAGUCGUCUUGCCAAGUGGAAGUACUGUUUACGUCAAAAGUGUCAGUUGCUCAGAUGACGAUGAAAAGCCCCGCAAAAGACGGCGAACGAAUUCUUCUAGUUCUUCCCCUGUUCUCCUGAAAGAAGUCCCGAAGGCAGUGACUCCUGUCACUAAAACUAUCACAGUGCCUGUAAGUGGCAGCCCCAAGAUGAGUAAUAUAAUGCAGAGCAUUGCCAACUCCUUACCACCACACAUGUCGCCUGUGAAAAUAACCUUCACUAAGCCCUCAACACAGACAACAAACACGACAACACAGAAGGUGAUAAUAGUAACCACCUCUCCAAGCUCAACUUUUGUACCCAACAUCCUUUCAAAGUCUCACAACUAUGCAGCAGUUACGAAACUUGUCCCAACAUCAGUCAUUGCCUCAACUACUCAAAAGCAACCAGUGGUUAUAACUGCUUCUCAGUCCUCUUUGGUCAGUAGCAGCAGCAGCAGUAGCUGUUCCACUCCCUCCUGUACUGCAAAUACUAUUGCUGUGACUGCUGUAGUAUCAUCAACACCGUCAGUGGUUAUGUCAACAGUAGCACAAGGUGUGUCUACAUCAGCAAUUAAAGUUGCCUCUACCAGACUACCUUCCCCAAAAGGUUUGGUUGGGAAUCCAACUCAGAUCUUAGCACAGUUUCCCAAACAACAUCAGCAGUCCCCCAAACAGCAACUGCACCAAAUACAACAGGCCCAACAGCAGCAGCAGCAACAGCAACAACAGCAGCAGCAGCAACAGCAACAACAACUGGUGCAGUCUUCCGUAGCUCAACAGCAGCCACAGCAAUCUCAGUUGCCACCUGGCAUCAAGCCCACCAUUCAGAUCAAACAGGAAUCAGGUGUUAAAAUAAUCACUCAACAGGUGCAGCCCAGUAAAAUCCUUCCCAAACCAGUUACAGCGACCUUGCCCAGCAGUAGCAAUUCACCUAUUAUGGUGGUUAGCAGUAAUGGGACUAUCAUGACAACUAAACUGGUCACUACUCCCACUGGAACUCAAGCAACAUAUACGCGGCCAACGGUUAGCCCCUCUAUAGGGGCUCGGAUGGCUGGAACUCCAGGGGCUGCUACUUACGUGAAAACUACAAGUGGUAGCAUCAUUACUGUAGUACCAAAAUCACUGGCUACGCUGGGAGGGAAGAUUAUCAGCAGUAAUAUUGUUUCUGGAACUACAACCAAAAUCACUACAAUUCCAAUGACAUCCAAACCCAAUGUGAUUGUUGUGCAAAAGACUACUGGAAAAGGAACUACAAUUCAAGGGCUUCCAGGCAAAAAUGUUGUCACAACGCUGUUGAAUGCUGGGGGGGAGAAAACUAUUCAGGCAGUGCCAGCAGGAGCAAAACCUGCUAUCAUCACUGCCACAAGACCCAUCACAAAAAUGAUUGUUACACAGCCAAAAGGAAUAGGGUCCACGGUCCAGCCAGCCACCAAAAUCAUCCCAACUAAAAUUGUUUAUGGUCAGCAAGGGAAAACGCAGGUUCUCAUAAAACCAAAGCCAGUGACAUUUCAGGCAACAGUUGUGAGUGAACAAACUAGGCAGUUGGUGACUGAAACGUUACAGCAGGCAUCAAGGGUAGCGGAGACAGGAAACUCAUCUCUCCCAGAAGCGAAAGAAGAACCGCAAACCUACACCGAUAGCAGCUCUUCUUCUACAGAGUCCUCCCAGAGCUCCCAAGAUUCUCAGCCUGUAGUCCAUGUGAUUGCUUCAAGAAGUCAAGAUUGGUCAGAACAUGAAAUUGCUGUGGACACAAGCCCUACAAUAAUUUACCAGGAUGUAUCCAGUGAAUCUCAGUCAGCUACUUCCACGAUAAAAGCUUUGCUGGAACUUCAGCAGACAACAGCAGUGAAGGAAAAGUUAGAAUCGAAGCCAAGGCAACCUACCAUUGACUUGAGCCAAAUGGCUGUCCCAAUCCAGAUGACCCAAGAAAAGAGGCAUUCUCCAGAAAGUCCUUCAAUUGCUGUAGUCGAGUCGGAAUUAGUUGCUGAAUAUAUCACAACUGACUCAGGAAGACAACACUGUAUUGGUUCACAUUCGGAAGAAUAUCUACACAACCAUAUAGUCAGUCAUCGGUCCCAGCCCCACCAGCAGUCAUCUCAGCCCCAGAGGACUCUGCUGCAGCAUGUGGCUCAGUCGCAGACAGCAACGCAGACUUCUGUUGUGGUGAAAUCUAUCCCCGCAUCCUCCACAGGCGCAAUUACCCAUAUCAUGCAGCAGGCCUUAAGCAGUCACACUGCAUUUACCAAACACAGUGAACAACUUGGAACUGAGGAAGGAGAAGUGGAAGAGAUGGACACCUUAGAUCCUCAGACUGGCCUGUUUUACAGAUCUGCCCUGACACAAUCGCAGGCACAAAAACAGCAAAAACUGAGUCAGCCGCAGCUGGAACAGACUCAACUGCAAGUGAAAACUCUGCAGUGUUUCCAGACUAAGCAGAAGCAGACAAUCCACCUGCAGGCCGAUCAAAUCCAGCACAAACUCCCACAAAUGCCCCAGCUUUCUAUAAGGCAUCAAAAGCUAACCCCCCUGCAGCAAGAGCAAGCACAGACCAAACCAGAUGCACAGCACCCCCCACACCACAUGAUGGCCAAAGAAAGGCAACUCCCUACCUUAGUGGCACAGCCACAGCAAACUGUAGUACAGGUGCUUGCAGUAAAAACCACGCAGCAGCUGCCCAAACUGCAACAGGCACCAACGGCACAAAAAAUCUACGUGCAACCCCAACCCCCCCAGAGUCAAAUGCAGCUACCUGCCUCUUCAGAGAAACAGCCAGCAAGCCAGGUGCAGCAUCCAAUUAUAACGCAAGGAUCCACUGUUACAAAGAUAACUUUUGCGGGGCGUCAGCCUCCUUCUGUUUCAAAGGUAGCAGGUGGCAGUUCUGUGCCCAAACUGGCAUUGCCGGUUACCAGCCUAUUUCCCAUGCAGGCAUCCGCGAAGACAGCAGUAGCAGAUAUUUUGAGAGUGUCUAUGGUGGAAGCUCAGAUUGAUACAAACGUAGAACAUACGAUAGUGGAUCCCCCAAACGAGGCCAUGUCCACUAGUAAACCCGCUAGCGAAGCAGAGUCGUCACCUUGUACCCAGGUGCCGAGGGUGACUGCAGUAGGGAUGACGGCAACUUCCAUCCCCCAGCAACAGACAUGUACAGAAUCCAGUUCAAGUCCUCCUGCUGUUGGUCCUACUUUAACAGAGAGGAAACUCGAUGCACAAGGAAUGCCUACAACAAACCAGUUUAUACACAUUCAGAAUAUAUCACAAAAGAAAGCUGAAGAGAGUUCAUCAGAAAUUGUUAUCCAGACUAUCCCUCACUAUUCCAUCCCUUGUCACUCCAGCUCCAAUGUGGUAGUGGAACCCAGCGGGCUCCUGGAGCUCAACAACUUCACCAGUCAGCGCCUCGACGAUGAGGAGACGGCAAUGGAGCAAGAUGUGGACAGUAGCACUGAGGACGGCACUGAGCCCAGCCCCUCUCGAAGUUCUGCUGAACAAUCCUAAGGAAUUGGGACACUGGAGUGCACUUUAAAAAUAUCUUGGGAUUUUGAGUAUCCAAGAUGCCCUUGUAUUGUGAUGUCUUAGAGCACUUUGCCUAUUAGAGUUGUUCAUUGGACCCUUGAAGCAUCAGUGUGUUUUAACAAGACGGUAUUGCAAAAGCUGCAUCUUAAAAAUU